AGGGUAUAAGAUUAUCUACAUUAUAUGAUUCACAAAUUACAAAUUGUAAUGUUAUUCGUUUUACUAUGCUGCAAGUAGCGCCUAAAACGGAAUCUUCUUUUGCAAAACUCUUCCAUAGAAAAACUGAUAAGUAAUUAUAAUCUCUCAAAGUCUGACCCAUUUUGGCUGUGACAGUUUAGACGCUUCCGCCCCCUCAUCUUCUUUCUCUUCAUUCCCCCAAAAUUAAAUUCCUCCCCCACUAUAAAUACAACUCAUCCUUUUUCCCCCAACUUCCCCAAUUCAUUUUUUUCACAGCUUUACACCACCCCAAGAAGAUGGGACUUCAAAAUCAGCUCACAGAUUUCUCCGCCGAGUCGCUACCGAUUCUCAUGGUGGCCCUCAUCGGAAAUUGCGUCGGUUACCUCCGGUCAAUUUUCAUCCUAGUUUUCCAAGCCUUGGGCUUUUCUUUAGCCACGUUCGACGGCCAUCAAAACGACAACGCUCUCUGCGACCUCGUCGGGUCCGGCCUGACCGGAGUUAUUAUGCUCGCCGAACAAUUGAAUCUGAAUCGGAUGUUCUCCUACGACUUCGACGGCGGUUGCCGGUCCGGCAUGACGGAUUGCGUUUUUUGCCUGAACCGGUUCCAGGACGGCGACCGGGUGCGCACGUUAGCCUGCCGGCACGUCUUCCACAAGCACUGUUUCGACGGCUGGCUUGAUCAGCUCAAGUUCGACUGCCCGCUUUGUCGGGAACCGCUGGUGGAGGAUGAGCGCGUGUCUCUCACGAGUCAGCGCGUGACGGAGGAUAUGCUCGCCUGGUUUUCCACCCAAUGAAGAUAAUGAUUAGAAUGUGGAAGAAGAUGUAGAAGGAGAAGAAGGACGACGAGGCUUCUUUUUUCCUGGGGGUUUUCCAGAAGUUUUUUUUUUUUAAUUAAAAAAAGAAAAAAAAAUCAUAGAUGUGGAAGGUUGGUGUCAAUUUUGACCUUUGACUUUUUUUUUUUGUGGGAAUUGUUUUUGCCCACUUUCUUCUUUUUUCCUUUCUGGCUACAGGGUUUUUGAAGAGCCUCAUUGACGUUGCUCUUUUUCAUUUCUUUCUUUUUUUUUUUUUUUUAAACACCACCUUUAUGUAUAUAGUUUUCCUCCCUCCUUUUGUUAGAUCUUGAGGUGAAUAAAUAGAGUGGUUUUUUUCCAGUAUUAAUUUUUAUUUUUUUUUAAUUUUUUUUUUUGUGUUGGUGAUUAUUUAUAGAAACUUUUGUUUUGGCUUAAGCGAUUUUUGGCUAAACCCGGCAAUGGUGAUUCAGGAUUGGAUUUAAAUUAGUUUCGAAUACGGACCUCCAUUCUCGUUGACCCAAUCAGCAGUUCCCAAUAACUACGAACAAUACAAAACCACCUUCCCUUAAAAAUCAAUUCUCACUUGCUUAUCGCUGAAUUGUUUCUCAAUUUAAAAUCUCCCUUAACGAACACCUAAAUAAAUCAAUCUCUUUGAGAUUAGAUGGUUUAAGUAUUACUUCUAUUUCAAAAAAAUAAUCACAUAUUUUUAUAUGUAGAUGAAUCAUUAAUAGGAG